CCUGUAAGCUCAUCUUCAUGAACACAAGAGCAGGUGUGUACCUUUGUGAGUGUGGAGAGAGAAGUGUUGGGUUCAUCAAGGUAGAGGCGUUCAGCUGUUAAAGUGGCGAGAGGUAUGAGAACUGAACAUGGACUCUGUCUGAAGCGCUUUCUAUCGGACUCAAUCCUGCUGAUCUAACAGACGCGUGAUGCUGUGCUUUCUGCUCCUGGAGCUUCACUGGAUGACCGUCACUGAAGCGCUGCAGUCGUCCAAGGAAGAUGGCAAAAGGCCGUAUAUUUACCGCUGCCGCUCGCCCAACAUGGAGAUCUUCACCUGCUGGUGGCAUCCGAUCGCUAAUCAGGACAACGUCACCUACACACUCCUGUACACCAUGGGUGAGCGUGCUCCUCAGGAGUGUCCUGAUUACGUGAGCGGCGGCAUCAACAGCUGCUUCUUCGAUGCCAAACACACUCAGGUCUGGGAGAUGUACUGUAUGAACGUGACGGCAAACACGCACACGGGACCCAUCACCUCUAAGAAACACUGCCUGGACGUGGUCGAGAUAGUGGAGACCGACCCACCCUUUAACUUGACAUACAUCAUGCUGAACGAGAGCAUCGGUGAAGUCGGCCGCAGUGUUUUAGUGUCCUGGCUGCAUCCGAUUGAGUCUCUGGUGCAUGAGCAACUGAUGAUGCUGGUCUACGAGCUGCGCUACAGAAACCUCGCUCAGCCAGACAACUGGAGGGGAAUGGAGCGUUUGCGCGAGCCUCAUGUGGAGUUUUUGGAUCUGCCGGUGGGAAGGUAUGAGUUCAGUGUGCGCUGCCGCACCACCAGCAACAAACACUGGAGUGUAUGGAGUGAGUCCAUCAUCGUCACCAUCAACGGCAGAGCUCUGUCCGAUCAAAUGUUGGCCUUGAUCCUUGUGACCAGCAUCGCCAUCAUGAUCUUCAUCAUCUUCACUUUGGGGAACAUCCCACGAGGCAAGAGCAGGAUUAAAUCAUUCUUCCUGCCAGCGAUUCCCAAACCGCGCAUCCCAGGACUUGAACCCGCUCCGCUGAAGAAGGGGAAGAUUGAUGAGAUCGAUCAGCAUUUCUCCAGUUUUCACGGCUAUAGGUCUCCACAGUACUGCAUGGAGACAUGUUCCCAUGUGAGCGAGGACACGAGUCCGGCUGUGACACCCAGCAGCAUCCAGUCUGACGGUAUACAGGAGGAUGUGCUGAUCAGGACAAUCACACCGUGUGUGUUGAUUGGGCCAAUCAAGCAGUACGUCACCUGCCCUGACGGACAACAGUCUGUUCAGACCAACUGCACUCCUGCACCUUACUGCCGCAGCCCCACCCCCUACUGUGAGGAAGACACGCCCCCUCCAUACCCUGGGCCUGCCCACCCAGAGCUCACGUCUGUCCCAGGCAUGAACUACAGCAUGAUCCUAAGCCCCGCCCCCACAACGCCGCCCACUCAGGACUUCUACACGUGUGUGAACGGUGUGACGCCCUCCGGCGCUCUGCAUCUGGUGCCCUACCUGCCGCUCAACCAGAGAGCAGACGACGAAGCAGAAAAGAAAAGCCAGCUGCCAGCGCUACUGGAGAAGCAGAAGGAGGCGCUGUUGAGCACGAUAGAGUCGAACCCGAGCAAUGCUGGCAUGCCUUCAUAACCUCAUUCAUCAAAUAGGAGCCGUAGAAGCAUCUAAUAACACACACACAAGCAGCGCAUUAGCAGCAGUGCUGCGCGUGUUUUAGCGUUACGUCUUUCGCAGUGCUGCUCCUGCUCGAGUAAAGUGACAACGCAAUAAUAUGGACUAAAUUAACAUGAUUUUAAUCUAAUUCAUUGAGUUUAGUUUGGAAAAAAUUAUAGAUUUGAUAUGAAUUAUAGAAAGUUAAGUAAAUUAUUUAGCUACCAAAUUUUAAGAUUUUACAGGCAAUUAAUGAUGUGUGAGAGAGAUUUUCGUGUAGAGAGGAUCAGAUCACAGAUUUGAUGGACAGAACAAAAUCUAAGGUCUGACUAGAAAUGACUAAAAAGAGGAAAAUAUUUCUUUAAUGGAUAGAUGGAAGAAUAGAGAGAGAAAGGGUCACUGCUUAAGUCAUACUCUGAUCC